AACAGACAUGACCACUGCUCACUACGCUAGGGGCAAAGGCCUUAAUGCCAUAUACUUCUUAUAGUAAGUGGAUAAUUGGAAAAGUAUGGAUUAUUAUCUGAAUCUGUUAUUUCUUUUCACUGUAUGGAUAUGCAUCCAUGUCCUCACAUUCAGCCGGAAAUCACUUCCGCCAGGUCCCCGCCCUUUACCUAUCAUCGGAAACCUAAUCCAGCUCGGCAGUACUAACCCCCACAUAGUUCUCACUAAUCUCUCAAAAAAAUUCGGACCUCUAAUGACCCUCAAGCUAGGUUUCAAAACCACUGUUGUCAUAUCCUCUCCAAAUCUAGCCAAAGAAGUUUUACAAACACAUGACCACGUCUUAUCGAGCAGAACUGUUCCAGACGCAGUUCGUAUAUAUGACCACGACAAGGUCUCAAUGGUGUGGCAGCCAGCUUCGGUUCAUUGGAGAAGCCUUAGAAAAGUGAGCGCCUUACAUAUAUUCUCGCCGCAAAAGCUUGACGCUAGUCAAGAUCUUCGUUGUAAAAAAAUGCAGGAGUUACUAUGUUACGUGCAAGAAAGCUGCGAGAAAAAUGAAGCCGUUGAUAUCGGUCAAGCAGUGUUCACUACUCUGCUUAAUCUCUUAUCAAAUACGUUCUUUUCAAUGGAUUUAGCUAGCUAUAGUUCUUCGAUGUCUCGCGAGUUCAACGACGUCGUAAUAGCUGUCUUGAAUGAAGCUGGAAGGCUCAAUAUUGCUGAUUAUUUUCCCAUGCUACGGUUUUUGGAUCCACAUGGUGUACGUCGAAGGAUGAAGGUUUAUUUUGAUAGAUUAUUAGAAAUCUUUGAUGGAAUUAUCAACGAGCGGAUACAACGACGGGCUUCGGAUUCUAAUACUAGCAGUGAUGUACUUGAUUCACUGCUCAUUCUUGCCGGAGAAAGCAAUUCUGGUUUGUCCCUUUUUGAUCUAAAGCAUCUGCUUCUGGACAUUUUUACUGCCGGCACCGAUACGACAACAAGAACACUAGAGUGGUCAAUGGCAGAGUUGCUUCACAAUCCAGAAAAAUUAGCAAAACUCAAAAAUGAGCUUAAAGAAGUGGAAGGCAUAGUUCAAGAAUCCGACUUUUCCAAAUUCCCUUAUCUACAAGCAACAAUUAAAGAAACCCUACGACUGCACCCACCAGGCCCAUUCCUAGUGCCACAUAAAGCUGAAUGUGAAGUAGAGAUUUGUGGCUUCAAGAUACCAAAGAAUGCUCAGAUAUUAGUAAAUGUGUGGGCUACAGGAAGAGAUGAAAACAUUUGGAAGAAUGCAAAUAUGUUUGAACCAGAAAGAUUUUUGGAUAGCAAGAUUGAUUUUAAGGGGAGAGAUUUUGAGCUGAUUCCAUUUGGAGCUGGGAGAAGAAUAUGCCCUGGAUUGCCUUUGGCAUAUAGAACGUUGCACCUAAUAUUGGCUUCUCUUAUUCAGUCGUUUGAUUGGAAGCUAGCCGACGGUGUUACGCCAAAAAAUAUGAACAUGAGCGAGAGUUUUGGUCUGGCGUUGCAUAAGGCCGAGCCUCUUCGAGUUGUACCUUAUCACUUGCAUUAGCUUUCAUUUAAGUUAUACUAUGUUACUACUUAUUUUAUAGUUUCGGCUACGCUUCGUUGUUAUUCGACUUCUAAACAAUACUUAUGUUAAGAAUGUAUUUGAAAAAAUUAUGUUUAAAAACAGGAAGAUGUUA